GCUUGGAUUAUCAUGGGUUUAGUAUAGACUGUCUGGGUGCGUUAUAUGUGGUUGAAUUUUUUUAUGCACACAAAGUGUUUGAUGUAUUGUUCUUGAACUUGGGCUUCAAUUUAUGUUCAUUGUUUGAACCAUUUUUCACGUUCGGUUAUGAAAACAAAAUACCCACAUUGAGGAUUUUCAUUUCUACAAAACCAUUGGUGUCUUUGAUUAGGAAGAAGAAAAUGCAUUUUUCUUUUCUUUUCUCUUCUCUAGAAUUAGGUUUUUGUUCCUUUCUGGAUAUGUUUGACUGCAGGGAAAUCAAAUCUGCAGAUUUGAUUACUGAAACUGGUCAUUAAUGCUCUUACUUGUGGACCUAUAUACAAGGCCAUCUUGGAAAAACACUCAUUAUGUAAAAACUUUCCCAAGUUCAUAUUUUUUGCCUAUUGAAGAAAAUGAUGGCCAGAAUCUUUGCUUCUUGUCCAUUCUUUUUGGUCUUUCUCAUGAUCAUUUCAGUAACCAUGGCAACAACUUGUGAGUUAGCUACAAGAGGUGGUGGUUGUCCCAAUGUUAAAGAGUGCGUAGAAGUCUGCCGUCCAUGUUACCGGGGCAUUGGACAAAUCCUCGUCUAUUGUCACAGUGCCGGUGGGGGAGUCCCCUUUGAUGAAUGUAUGUGCCGCUUUACAAAAGGUGCUCCUUGUAAUCCAUCUGCUCCACCUAGAUGUCCCAACCUAUGGCCUCCUCAAGACGCGGGUGCUCUCAAUGGAACCACCACUCUUGGAACUCAUCAUGUGGUGUGGCCAUUGCCUUCAGUUUUGCAUUCCUUCUCACAGCUGUUGAAGCAGUCGGCGAAUUCAUCGGCAUUAGCCUUAGGAACACCAACUGCAGCAACAAGAACAAGACACAGAACCAACAGUGCAGCAAGUUUGGUAAAGUGGUCUAAAACUCAAAGUGUGGUCACAAAUGUAUUGUUUCUAGUGAGAAUCGAAGCAGAAGACACCCAGAGGCCGGAGGAGCAACCCAAGCCCAAUUUUCUGAAACGGCCCACUUUACAGAUUAUUCGGCCCAAUCCAAGCUAA